UUUUUUUUUUUUGUUGAAAGGAAUCAAAUUGUUCUUAUUGGGGAUUGGAGCAUUUUGGUUUUGAUGAUAAAAUAUCAGCUCCUCCAAGGAAACAAUACAAAUUUACCGGUACAUGGAUUUCAAGAUUCGAUCACUGCUUCUAAGUUGACGAACCAGCGAAGUCCAGCCGGAGUGCACUUGGGUCGGAGCCCAAAACCCAGAAAGUGGGCAAUUUUCGAAGCCCCAAUGCUCCGAAACUAUAAACCAUUAUUACCCAUUGCAGCCAAUUCACUGUUCAAUCGCCUCCAACCUUCAGUUUUCCAACGAUCCCUUCCUCCAUUAUCGCGUUCUUCAUCCGGGUCCCCAAAAAUGGCGAGCAACGAGAGUAUCAAACCAGAAAACGAAGACCAAUUGAAGGCCACAUUUGAACAGAAACGGGUUCUUCGAUCCAGCGUUCGAAAAGCCCUCAAAGCCAUGGACCCCUCCCUCAGAUACCAGGAAGACAAUGCAAUUCAGAGUAUCGUCUUGGAAGCUCCGUGGUUUAAAUCUAGUCAGAGAUUAUGUGCUUAUGUGAGUUGCAAUGCGUUAAGGGAAGUCGAUACAUCGAGACUAUUAUCAGAGACUCUGCAAUACCCACCUAAAGAUGGUUGUUCAAAGAAGAUUUUUGUCCCGCGUGUGGAGGACAAGAAUAGUCAUAUGCGGAUGUUCAAUAUUUCAUGUAUGGAUGAUCUUAUUGCAAAUUCAAUGAACAUCUUAGAACCAGCUCCAGUGGAUGGUGAUGGAAAUGAACGUGAAGAUGUUAUGCAGACAAAAGAGCCCAUGGAUUUAUUCCUCUUACCAGGACUAGCAUUUGAUAAAUCAGGAAGACGCUUAGGCCGAGGGGGAGGUUAUUAUGAUACCUUCCUAAGGAACUACCAAGAACUUGCAAAGGCACGGAAUUGGAAGCAGCCUCUCCUCGUUGCACUGUCCUAUUCGGUGCAGAUAAUGGAUGAAGGAAUUAUACCACUUACUCCAAACGAUGUUUUAAUCGAUGCUCUUGUAUCACCAUCUGGUGUGAUUCCAAUCAGCUCAGUUGGAUUGGACAAAAUGAAAGUCUGACACUGGACUCAGAGAUCAACCUCUAACAAUAACUUCUUCGAUGAAAUCCUUGAAAAUCUGGAGCUUGAAGAACCUUGAAGCUGUUAAAUUAUGUACGCCUUUCCCCUCCCUUUUCGAGUGGCACCUAUUUUAGAUACGCCAUCAUGAGGAAGUUAUGGUUCCUCAUAAUUGCUUUUUUCUUAGCCAUUGGAAAAGUAGCUUCUAAAUGCGUACUAAUCUGAAUGACAUGUAAUUUUGUUAAUUGUACAAGCAUGCUUUAGGCAACAUGGAGAAAUCUAUGACGUAUUGUUGACAAAGGAAAGCCUUUUGGUUGUUUUCUAGCAAACAGUUAAUAAUCUGCAAACAUUUUCAUCAUCUAAAAUAAAUGUAUGUAUUGUUUUCCGUAAA